CCCUCUUCAGUCUCUUGCAUCCCUUGUCAAUUAACUCCCGCCAAUUUCUUAACCCAUCCUCAACACUCUCUUGACCCAUAUUCACGCCACAAUGGCGUCCCCCGCUAUCAAGAAAGCCAUCACUGAGGCCGCAGCGCAGUAUGUCAAGCCGGAGGGAAAGGUCUUCCAGUAUGGUACUGCGGGGUUCCGUAUGAAGGCUGACGUCCUCAACACCGUCGUCUUUGCUGUGGGCUUGCUCGCUGGUCUCCGCUCCAAGAAGCUCAGUGGACAAUGGAUUGGUGUCAUGAUUACUGCCAGUCACAACCCUGCGGAGGACAACGGUGUCAAGUUGGUUGACCCCAUGGGUGAAAUGCUUGAGGCUGAAUGGGAAACCUAUGCGACUAAGCUUGCCAAUGCUCCGCUAGACAAAAUCGCAGAUGUUUACGAAGAACUCAUCAAGGAGAUUGAUAUCAGCAUGGAAAACCCUGCUCGCGUUGUUUUUGCCCGGGAUACUCGUGCCUCGGGUUCUCGUCUUGCCGGUGUUCUCAACGCUGCGCUUACCGCUACAGAGGCUGAGUUCUCUGAUCUGAAAUUCAUGACCACCCCCCAGCUUCAUUACGUUGUCCGUUGCAAGAACACCCUGGGAACACAGUAUGAGUACGGUGAACCCACAGAGCAGGGAUACUAUGAGAAGCUUGCCAAAGCUUUCAAGGGAGUCAUGCGGGGACUCAAAGUUAAGGGCUCUUUGACCGUCGAUUGCGCAAAUGGUGUUGGCGGACCUAAGCUAAGAGAGCUCCUCAAGUACCUUCCUGGCCCGGAGGAGGGUGGUAUCGAUAUCAAGGUCAUCAACGACGAUGUGAUCAACCCGGAUAGCCUCAACUUUGAUUGCGGUGCCGAUUAUGUCAAGACCAAGCAGCGCGCUCCCCCCUCAUCCAAGGCCGCUGUUCUUGACCGUUGUGCCUCCUUAGAUGGCGAUGCCGAUCGUCUUGUCUACUAUUUCGUCGACGAGAGCAAUGUUUUCCGUCUUCUUGACGGUGACCGUAUUGCCACUCUUGCCGCUGCCUUUAUUGGUGACCUUACCAAGAAUGCCGGCAUCGCGCAGAAGCUCAAGAUUGGCAUCAUCCAGACUGCGUACGCCAACGGAGCUAGUACAGAGUACAUUGAAAAAGUGCUCAAGCUUCCCUCCGUCUGCACUAACACUGGCGUGAAGCACCUGCACCACGCUGCCCUGCGUUACGAUGUUGGUGUCUACUUCGAAGCCAACGGUCACGGCACUAUUACUUUCUCUGAGAAUGCCCUGAAGAUUAUCAAGAGCACCGAACCCCAGUCUCCCGCUCAGCAACGUGCUCUUGAGUGCCUCCAGGGUCUUACCGAUCUGAUCAACCAAGCAGUUGGCGAUGCAAUUUCCGACAUGCUUCUCGUUGAAGCGAUCCUUGCUCACAAGGGCUGGACCCCCAAGGAGUGGCUUAGCACCUACACCGACCUCCCCUCCCGGCUGGUCCGUGUGGAGGUUGCUGACCGCUCGAUCUUCAAGGCAUACGAUGCUGAGCGUAAGCUCGAGUCCCCUGCUGGCCUCCAGCUCAAGAUCGAAUCCCUCCAGUCCCGCUACAACAAGGGAAGAAGCUUUGCCCGCGCAAGUGGCACGGAAGAUGCGGUGCGUGUCUACGCUGAGGCUGCCAGCCGCUCCGAGGCUGACGAUCUCGCAACUCGCGUCGCCAACGCCGUCCGUGAUGCCGGCGCCGCUAAAGAGAUCUUGCAAUCUUAGGUUUUGGAAUAUAAAAUACCCUAACGAAUUAUAAGUGGUUCCCUGGAACCGUGUGAUUGGAAGCUAUCUGGUAACGUGCAAGGAUACCUUGCCCAUGCAUAGAUGAAGCUUUGUGUCAUCAUGGCCAGGCCAUCACAAAUCGCAGGGUUAACGACGUUGCUCAAAACUCCGCAAUGUCGUUGCAUUAUAGAGGUAAUGGGAACUGUUAUGAACGAUCUGAUGAGUUUUCUUUUGAUGUCAAUGCAGAGCAAAUCUGACUCGAUUUAGCCAUUCCUUAUAGUUCUUUUUAAAAUUGACUAGAAGUUAGCAAGACCUAGUAGCUAAUCGGAAACAAGGCCUACGGUCACUACGACAAGUCA